AUGAAGGUGUGCGUGUGGGCCUCAUUUCUGCUGUGUUUCCUGGCGAGUGUAUCAUCUACGCCAUGUCUGCCUGAGGAGUUUACUUGUGCAAGAGGCGGCUGUGUAUCUGAGGAACAUGUGUGUGAUUUCAGAGAGAACUGUGAAGAUGGCAGUGAUGAGACUAACUGCUCUGAGUUUGUGAGAUGUGACUUUGAUGAAGGCUUUUGUGGUUUUCAACUUCAAAAUGAACAUCAUAUUUGGAUAAGAGGAUCAGGUUUGAGCCAUCCCAGUACUGAGACCGACCACAGAGAAAAUGUUAAUGGUCACUGUCUCUAUAUACAAUCAAAAACUGGAGGAGGAGUCACUGCUGAAAUAUACAGUCCUCUCUUCCAGCCUUCACAGACAUGCUGGUUAACUUUCUAUCGUCAUAUUGGGAUGCUGGCUGGGGCUUUGCAGGUUCUGAUCCAGUUCAAAUCUUCGGGAGAGAUGCAGGCUUGGUUUCAGUCCACCUCCAAUCCUGAUCCACACACUCUUCCCUGGAUGCGAACAGUGGUGGUGUUAAACAGCGGAGAGGAGUUUAAGGUUGUGAUUAGAGGAUUGAUAUUCAACAGCAGUGACCCAUAUGAAGUUGUAGCGAUUGAUGACGUGUCCUUCAGCAGAGGAUGUGUGGUAGCAGUAGAGACUGACAUCAAGGCACCUCUUCCAACUCAGUGCCCCUCGUCUCAGUUUCACUGUGGGGCAAAUGAAUGUGUAGAAGGGGUGAAAGUGUGCGAUUUUUUAUUAGACUGCCCCAAUGGAGAGGACGAGGCCAAAUGUUCGGCACAGUGUGAUUUUGAGUCCGACUCGUGUGGCUGGUAUGAGCUUGUCCAGGGUGAUGGGUUUGAAUGGGUGAGAGGCUCAGCUAAUGGAGUCGCCAUAGAUUAUCCGGACCAAACACCACCCCAGGACCACUCUACUAAUACAAGUGCAGGCCACUUCAUGUUUAUUUUCAAGAGGAGCAGCAGGUUGUCCCAGCAGGCUUUGCUGCGCAGUCCUACAUUCCAGCAAACAAGUUCAGUCUGUGUCAUGACCUUCUGGCACUAUAAUUCUGGCCAUUCUGUUGGUGCUGCUGAAAUGCACUUGGUGAUAGAGGGCUCAGACAGCAGCACUAUACUUUGGCAAACACUUUACAACCAAGGUAGCCAGUGGCACCCUGUAAUUGUCCAGAUUGGCAGACAGACCAGGCCUUUCCACAUCUCAGUUGCAAAACGGAGCUUGGCUGUGUAUGAAGGAGUCUCCGCUCUAGAUGAUAUUAUGUUCCAUAACUGCUCAUUGCCCAAAGCUGUGGAGAUGUGCCCAACUCCUAAUCACCUUCACUGUAGCCGGAGCAAAGCAUGUGUGGACUAUUACCAGAUCUGUGACCUGAUCGAUGACUGUGGAGAUGGAACAGAUGAGGAAAACUGCUCGCCGGAGCUAAUGUGUGACUUUGAGGAAGGCCUGUGUAGCUGGACUCAGGAACACGAGGAAGACAUGUUUGAUUGGACCCGUAUCCAAGGACCCACUCCCACUUUCAACACAGGCCCAUGGAAGGACCACACACGAGCCAAUGUGGAUGGCCACUUCCUCUAUAUCGAAUCUUCAGACCCACAGAAGUUCAAAGACACGGCCGUUCUUAUCAGUCGGCCUUUUCUCCAAACUCCUCGCCGAGGUCCUGAAUCCGAACCACCCUGUGUUUUUAGGUUCCACUAUCACAUGUUUGGCCAGCAUGUGUUUAAUUUGGCUUUGUACAUGCGCACCCGUAACAGUGGCCGGGGCAACUUGUUGUGGGUUCGCUAUGGUGACCAAGGCAACUUCUGGCACAGGAAGACACUGCUGAUCAACAGCGCAUACCACUUUCAGAUUUUAGUGGAGGGGACUGUUGGUGAUGACUUCAGAGGAGAUAUUGCCAUAGACGAUCUGUCUUUCAUUGGCUGUCAGCCAUAUGAUGGUGAAUUGCCCUCAAAGGAGCCUAGCACCUUUGCCCCCAUCCCCUCCUUGUCAGCUACACCCCCUCAUAGCUGCCCUCCUGACCAGUUUGUGUGCUCAACUACAAGAGAGUGUGUGAGCCUCAGUCAAGUGUGUAACUUCAAACCAGACUGCUCUGAUAGCUCUGAUGAAGAGCACUGUGUGAAGGAGUAUUGUGAUUUUGAAAAUGAUGCUCUGUGUGGAUGGUAUUUAAGUGUCCCGGCCACUCCUGUUCCUCCUCAUUCCUUUUGCUGGCAGACAGGACAAGGGGAGAGUAUUCAUCAUGGAGAACAGAACCACAGACCUGCUAACGACCACACACUUGGUUCUUCAGAGGGUUGGUAUAUAUUUGCGGACAGCUCCAAUGGAGGAUAUGGUCAUACCACUGAUCUCUUGACUGCUCCCAUUAAAAUAACAGGACCCCAGUGCACACUUGUGUUCUGGUAUCACAUGAGUGGCUUUACUGUUGGAACGCUGCAGGUCUUUAUCAAAUCAGUCUCUGUCACACAUGAAGUUUGGUCCCAAAGUGGUAACCAAGGCAACAGCUGGAGGCGGGGUGAGGUCUUCAUAGGAAUCCGUCAUAACAUUCAGGUGGGUCUUCGAGCCAAGCGAGGCAUCAGCUACAUGGGUGAUGUUGUUGUUGAUGACGUGGCAUUUGUGGAUUGUGCCCCUCCAAUAACGUCUGAUCUUCCUUGUCGUAACAACGAGUUCAUCUGUGCCAACGGUCACUGUAUCUCUGAGGACAACUUGUGUGACUUUAUUGAUCACUGUGGAGAUGGCUCGGAUGAGAAUCAUUACAUAUGCAAGGGAUUCAGUGGUCGCUGCAAUUUCGAAUUUGACCUUUGCUCCUGGAGACAGAGUCAAGAUGAUGAUUUUGAUUGGUUGAUCAAACCAGGAAAUAUGCACACACAUGGGACUGGACCAUCCACUGAUCACACCCUCCGCAACCCAUUAGGCCACUACCUAUAUCUAGAUGGGUCCUUCCCACAGACAACUGGACACACUGCCCGAAUUGUAGGACCUCUUUUCCGCCACUGCAGCAGCGAUUGCAAAAUGGUCUUUUAUGUCCAUAUGUCUGGUGACGGCAUUGGCACUCUGAAUGUGUACAUGUCUACAAACUCCAAUCGCUCACUCUUACUCAGCCUUACUGGAAAUCAAGGCAACUACUGGAGCAGACAGGAACUGCCUCUCUCGUCUACUGACAACUUCCGCAUUAUGUUUGAAGGCAAGGUGGGCCGUAAUACCAGAGUUCACAUCUGCCUGGAUGACAUCACCUUCUCAUCAGGCUGUAUUCUUUUCAACAAAUUUGAGAAAGACUCCACUCCCCGGUUACUUCCAGGAUCCUGUCCACCGGGUUCUCUACAGUGUAACAAUGGCAAUUGUUACAAACCAGAGCAGAAAUGUGACUUCACUGAUGACUGUGGAGAUGGAACGGAUGAAUUGGAUUGUGGGACGUCCUGCUCAUUUGAACAUGGGCACUGUGGUUGGAAAAGCAGCAUGGCAGAUACCUUUAGUUGGGCUCAUGGAGUCGGCUCCAUUCAUAUGAUCAGACCUCCUCAUGAUCACACACUUAAAAAUGAAAGCGGCCAGUUUGUAUAUCUGGCAGCCACUCCUGUGGGAUUGAAGGGAGAUAAAGCUCACAUGAGAAGUUCUGUGUGGAAGGAGUCUAGUGCCAUAUGUAAACUCUCCUUCUGGUACUAUAUUUCUGAAAAAGCCACAGGAAUCAUCCGGCUCUUCAUUAAGACAGAAAAUGAGCUGAGGGAGGUGUGGACAGAGCGGCAGAUACAAAGGGAAUGGAGAAGAGCGGCGGUAUCUCUGAAGAGCCUGAGGAACUUUAUUCUCAUAUUUGAAGCAGUUCGAACACAAGACGUGAGUGGUGGAGCGGCUCUCGAUGACCUGCAGUUCACUGACUGUGCACCACGAGCUGUGCAUCCUGGAUCAUGCCCCGCUGUAACAGAUUUUGUGUGUAAUAAUGGAGACUGUAUUGAGUAUCAUUUGGAGUGUGAUGGUAAAGCUGAUUGUUCCGAUGAGUCUGAUGAGAUUGACUGCUCGCAUGUUCCAGGAGCUUGUAAUUUUGAUAUGCCCAGCGGCCUUUGGCAGGAGACCUGUCAUCUGUCUCAGGAUCCCUACGAUGACUUUGAUUGGGAUAUAGGCUAUGGCAGAAUGCUUAAUGGGACAGGACCAUCAGCUGACCACAGCCCCGAUGGAGGAGGUGGGUAUCUGUAUGUGAACUCCAGUGGUCAGAGAGAAGGAGAUAUCGCCAGAUUCAUAAGCCAGCUGGAGUUUCCUGCGAGUGUCGGUAUAUGUCAUCUGCGCUUUUGGUUCCACAUGUAUGGCUCACGUCACAUGGGUACACUGAAGGUGUAUACCAUGGGCCACAGUGGAACACCUCUGCUAAUGUGGGCAACCUGCGGAAACCAUGGAGACAACUGGCAUUAUGCUAAUGUGAUCUUAUCAAAUGCAUCACCCUUCAGAGUGAUCGUUCAGGCAGAAGGGGGAGCAGACCAGUGGACUGACAUUGCUGUGGAUGACAUCUCUUUCACUAGACAAUGUGUUGUUGGAGAGUGUCCAAUUGGGUACUGUCUCAAUGGAGGGAGGUGUUCAGUAAAGGAAAAUGGAGCAGUGUGCAUUUGUCCAUCACAGUGGACUGGUAAUCGUUGCCAUAUAAAAGAAAAACCUUUUCUCACAACCGCGUCCACAACAGCUGUGAUACCAGAUAGUAAACUAGCUGUCAGUGUUGGAUUAAGUGUGGCAUUGAUCCUGGUGGUCAUCGCAACUGGAGUCAUUCUGUUCUUGUUAUUUCAAAGGAGACAUUCACUAAAAGACUCCAGUCUUAUUGAUAAUGAAGAGUUGGAUUGCUCAACCUUUGACUUGCAGAAAAAGCUGCCCUCUCUUGACGUUAGACCCAGAUGGCCAGUACAUUCUCGACUAAACAUCAGCGUUUACCCAUGGAGAGAGGAUGCAAAGGUCUCCAGCUCAAAGGAAAGCAAGCUCUCUUUCUCCAAUCCAGUCUACAAGUGCUCAAACAGUUCUGAAGCUUGAAGAAAACACAGACACGCAAACACUGGCUGUCACGUCCCUAUAGAUUUAGAGCACUUUCCACUUCAUUUGAGCCUCCCCAACAGCAUGGCUGUACUGGCUUAAGGUUUAGAGGGCUUUUUUUUAACACAAACUGGUGGGAGGAAAAAGUGUGACCACAAACAAGAUCCAAUUAAGCUAAAUGAAGCAGUUAAACUAUCAGUCAUAAAAAGAAAGUUUCUUAUAAUAAUCUGUGACAUGUAACACAUUCCAUAUGUUAUGAAAGCUCUCCGAGGCACUGAAAUUAAACUUCCAUCUUUCUUG